GCUCAAGGUUUGUCACAUGUGGUAAGUGCUUGCCCUUGUCUUCCAUUACUGUCAGUAGCAUCGGAGUUCCCCCCUCCCCUCCUCAGGGGCCAGUUUCCCCGAGAUGUUCGAAUGUCAGAGCUGUUAUAUCAUUAAGGACGUGGAAGUUCUCGAGCUCUUGCCUUGCAAUGAGGCGAUCCAAGUCUAUAUGCGGAUUGCUAUUGCUGGAAAGGUCGCCCACAAAACUGGUCUAUUUGAGCUGGACACUACAUUGGUACCCAAAUGGACUCUUAAUUUAAAACCAAUUUUUGACGCAUCGACGGUUGUAGAUUUUACACUCUGUCGUCCCCGUAAAUAUUGGCGCGAUGAACGUCUUGGUACCGCGCGGAUAUCGGUUGCUGAUAUGUUUGGCGAAGAAGAGGGUUAUACGACGCUGUUAAGCCAUGCUUCGUCUUUGUCUACAGGGACGAAGCUUAAGAUAUCAUACUCGGAGACUACCGACUUCGAUGAAGAGUUCGCGACCGAGUUUGUCAACACCACUGCUAGGCCCACAGAGAUGUCGGGGAAAAUUAGUCGGAUGCUUGAGCGUCUAGAACCCAUAAAACAGUCAAUAGAUGCACUUGCAGAGCUCCAUCCCGCUGCAAGGAUUGCAUGGAGUUUCCUGUCACUCGGGAUUGAUCAAUUGCAGAAGCGAUCGGAUACAGAUGCACUUGUCAUCGAUCUAUACGAGACUAUGCUAUCGACAAACGAACAGGCAAUUCGUGAUGAGGUGUUUCGGAACCGCGAGAGGCUCCGUCCUGUUUACGGAGCACUCUUCAAACAAAUUGUCGAAUGCACGUUCUUCAUCUCAGGAUACACAAACAGAACUUAUCUUGGUGCACUAGUGGGACACAGCCCGAAGAAAACAGCCAACAAGGCCGCAAAGUUCCAGAAUGGAUUCAAGAGAUUGACCGAGCAAUUCAAUUCCACUAUUGUGAAAGAAACUCUAGUCGUGACCUUGCGGACUGAAGAGAAAUUUGACAGCCUCAAAAGAAUUGUGACCGAGACUCUGUCGGUCACUGUGGGGAUUAAAGAGAAGGUUGACGAGCUCAUACUGCGCGAUGAUGUAUUACCGGCUCACCAGCGGAAGCCCAAGCUGAUGUGUUUAGAAGGCACCCGUGUUGAAGUGAUCAAUGAUGUCAUGCAUUGGAUCUCAGAGUGUCGUGGUAGCAUGUUAUGGUGUACUGGGGUAGCUGGCACUGGAAAGAGCUCGCUUAUGGGGACACUAUGUCAGGCGCUCAGUACUGAAUAUGCGUGCGGACGCAACCGUCUGGGUAGCUUCAUCCGCUACGAUCGCCUUGAAUACACGGAUUCAUCGAAACUCAUCACCAGUAUCGCAUAUUCACUUGCCCUUUUCGAUGGGAGGAUUGGACGUGCCAUUUCCCAGGCCGUUCACAAGAUCGGUCCUGUUUUGCCGCCGUCUCCACGGGUCCAGUUUGACCGGCUGCUUCGCGAACCGCUACGGAGUAUCCCAGAAUUGCUUGAUGAAGGCCCUGUGGUUGUCAUCAUCGAUGGCCUGGAUGAAUGUGACACAUCAACCGACGUCCUCGAUGUCCUUGUUGAAGGAUUCGGGCCAGAAUUACCCUUCAUGCGGCUCAUCGUGUCUUGCAGGUCUGCGGAACGGAUCUCUCGUGCAUUCACGCCAAAACUCCAUCAUGCAGGCAUCACCCGAGUCCUUUUGGACACGUCGUCAAAGGAUGUCAAUAGUGACAUCCGAAAAUAUAUUGCUUUCCGUUUUAGCAGUAUAUAUGUCUCUCUGGUAGAACGUGCUCAGGAGGUGAACAGAUCCCAUCAGCUGCGCUCAGAGGAUGAUGCAGUCAAGGAGUUGGCUCAACGGGCGAAUGGCUUGUUUAUUUGGGCUGUUGCUGCCUGCACAUUCCUCGAACAACUACCCAGCGAAACCAGACUGGAAGAGCUUCUGGGAAGUCGGAUCCCCGAUGACGCUAUUCAAUCAUUAACAAUGCUCUAUCGCACAGCUCUAGAUCUCAUAGUGACCGAAGGUCAAGAGAAAUUAAAGAAUGCGGAUAUCAGGCGCUGUAUUCGUGAUCUGCUGGGUGCUAUUGUUGUAGCAGAAGUGCCUCCUGGUUUGACUCUGGAAGCAAUUGGUACUUUGGUUCUCAAACCGAUGGAUCCUGCAGGGAGGAUCAUUUACUCGAAGUUAACCAGUGUCAUAGAAAUGAGCCCGGAGCAAAAGGUUCUUCGGUUGAUGCACAAAUCGUUUGAUGAUUUUCUUCAAGACAGGGAUAGGAGCGGAGAAGAAUGGUAUAUUGACGCCGACGAACACAAGAGGAGCCUCGCCAGGCAGUCGUUAUCGUCACUGAACAAGUUUUUGGGUUCCUGGAAGCUGAAUGCCACUAAAGAUGUUUCAGCGAAGCAGGGUCGUGAUCAAAUUCCUCCUCAUAUCCGCCAUUACGCUGUGCUGGGACCAGCGUGGCACAUUACCUCUUUCGACACCCAUGACUUUGGUUCAAUCGAGGUCCUUUUUGGCCAGCACUUCCUAUCAUGGUUGGAGGUGAUUGUCACGCUCGGCACCUGGUACCUGAACCGAUUUCUUAGCUGCAUCUAUGAUGCGAAGGAUUGGAUACAAGGAGUAGAUCCCGCAAGCAGGUAGCAAGCUUCGUUUUGGCAUCAAUGAUGCCGUUGAAGCCGCUGACAAAAUCAUUCCGUCUUUGCUUGAUUCCAAUGCUAAAUGUGAUUUGUGCAAUCUCCAUCCGGCAGAUAUCUAUCCUGUUCUCAGGUUACUUCCCCCUGCUAACGCCAUUCGAGGGCAUUGGGAGCAAUACCAAAACCUUAAU